GCGGCAGAGGAAGAUCACAAAUUGGCCAGUCCAUCAUAGCGGCCACGUCGCAGCGUUCCAACACUGUUUGGAAGCGGCACGGAAUGCUGGCCCUGAGGAGAUUGUGCCUCACGACUUGGCCGCUUUCAACAACUACCUCGAGUGGUUCCAUGAGAACACGCAUAUCGAGUUAGUGAAGCACGCGUAUGCUGAGGACAUCUUGGACGACCCCAUCGAGUUCGAUGAGGUUGCGCAAAGCCAGCACGACACCUUUGCUCGCAGAGGGAGAUCGACUUCUAUUGCUUCGGAGCUGAACUUCGUGCGGGAGGAGAUCCAAAAAACAGCUCACGAGUGCGAGAUUAUGUGGGAGCAGAGCGGGAGAGAUGAAAAGCCUGUCGGACCGUUGCGGAAUUUCAUUAAGAACACUGCACGAAAGAUGCGGCGGUUAGCCAGCUUGCUAGGUUGCCGCGAAGGCGAAAUUCCUACAUCCUCCUCUUCUGAAGAGCGGGAGAUUCCUGACGACGAGGAAAUUCUGAGUCAAAGCAUACCUCCAAAGCAUACCUCCAAGCAAGCCCCACAGUCUGCUUAUCAGUUCAAGCCAAGGGGCAAUGCUCCAAACCGGUACACUCCGGAAGAUUAUGUCAACCGAGGAAAAAAGGUUGUCAUUGAGGAGGAUGAGGCGCCGCCGCGAAGAUCAUCUUUGAGGAGGAUGAGGAACGACGAGCUCUUAUCUUCAGAGGAGGAGGAGCAGGAGGAGCAGCAGGAGCAGGAGGAGCAGCAGCAACAAGAGCCACGGCAGCGGACGAAGAGGAUGGCCGUCCGGAAGCAGCCCGUGAGGACGACACGUCGAGGACGACACUUGGAUGUGCUCCAUGUUGUUGUGAACUAUAUCUUCAUAAGUAUCGAGUUGUGAACCCUAUGUCAUUUCGAACCAUGUCUGUAAUGCUACUUGUUGUUUGAAUCUACU